GUCAUCGCUACGGCGGCCGGCGCGGGUCUGGCUGCGCGUUCCGCGGAGCCGCGCCGGGCAGCAUGGAGGGCGGGCGGCGCGGAGAGGCCGCGGCGGCGCCGGCGGCGGGGGACGGGCCCGCAUCCGUGUUCACCCUGGAGGAGGUGGCGACGCGGAACUCCAGCCGUGAGGCCUGGCUGGUGAUCCACGGGCGCGUCUACGAUGUCACUCGGUUCCUGGCGGAGCACCCAGGUGGAGAAGAGGUGUUGCUUGAACAAGCUGGCAGAGAUGCCACUGAGAGCUUUGAAGAUGUGGGGCAUUCCACAGAUGCCAGGGAAAUGCUGAAGCAGUACUACAUCGGAGAGGUUCACCCGAACGAUCGUGGAAAGGAAGGUUCUAAGAAUCCAAGUAGGACAUCCUCAGGCCAAACAAGUUUCUGGUCGACAUGGCUGAUCCCCAUCUUCGGAGCACUGGUCUUAGGUUUAAUGUAUCGUUAUUACAUGGUGGAUGGGAAAAGCUCCUGAGCUGGCCUUGCUGGGGCCUCAGACAGCCUGGAAAGAGAGAGAGAGUGUGUGUGUGCAACACGUGGAGUUCUGCUGCCCUUAGCCUUCCUGCUUUUAGCUCUGAGUCUGUCAAGUGAUGUUGAUAUCCAUGGGACCAAUCUAAUUCCAAACUCUAUCCUAACUCUGGGACCCACAGAUCUAUCAUGCUUCCCUCUUGUAGUGGCAGGGAAAGAGGAACUUCUCUGACAUGGUGUGGUGUCCCUCGUGCUCGCUCUCUCUCGCUCUCUCUUGCUCUCUGACAUAACCCCCAGACAACCUUUUCUCUCAAUGCCUUUGCGUUAAGCCAGACACCAUGAAAGAGCUGCCCUGGGCCUGUGGCUCUGCCUCAGCCCUUCACACAGUCGGGAAUCAUCUGGCAGUUGUCGCCAGCCCUUGCCAGAAAAGAUGUCCAGAGCUUUGGUUCCACAAGAACGUUCCCAGAGCGUGCAGGCAACACUAAUUGGAGUGGCAGGGAAUUGUUAGUUUGGUCACCUCUUUCUGUACCUGUCUGUUUUUAACGGUUAAAUACAUGGAUUUUAAAAGUGA